AUGUUUAAGGAAAAAAUGAGCCUACAUUCACUCCAUCAACAAUUUCACUCAUCUCCCGAAAGCGCAAGGGAAGAAAGAGAAGACUCAACCCAUUCUAUGAACAAUGGUAAAACCAUUACUACUGUGAACUCGUCCUUCUCUCCACUCACUCCCACUACAAAAUAUAGAAGGGAGUUUCCCAGUUCUAAGCUGGUUUGGGGCUCGCCUCAUGGACGUGAAAAUGAUGAUGGAGGUAGCAAGGAACGAAAAUCAUCGAGUACAAUCUCGUCCUCUCCAAUUUCGGAACGAAUAAGGAAUCUUAAACUUCACAGUGCAUUACUAAGAUCACCAAAUAUGAGUGGAGAAAAGAACACUACUUCUCCGAGAGAAGAUACGGGUACUCUCUCAAGUGUUUCAACACAAAGUAGAUCUAAAUUGGACAAUCUUGAUGAUCAUUUCACGCCAUCCUUAUUUUGUAAAUUGAUUUCAUACGAAGAACUUCAUUCUACACAAGGCUCUGACCAAAUUGUGUGUAGUAGCGUUGAGACCAUUGAAUUUCCCGAGUUGAGUAUUAGGCACAAAGUCCUAAAGGAUGAAAACAAAACUCUAUUUGACUACCCGCCUGAGGUUUCAUUGCUUCAGUGUGCAAGUGGAUUAGAUCACUAUAUUUUUGUUUUCAGUAACGGAAGUGUUUAUGUUUUAGGUAGUAAUCAAAACGGUGAGAUUGGUCUUGGUUAUGAAGUUGAAGGUAUUGAAGGAAUUUAUGCUCACAAAAAUAGGUUUUUUGAUAUUGAGAAAAAGAGAGGAUGUUUACGCGUGACUUGUGGAGCUAGCCAUAGUAUUUUUGAAUGUGAAGACGGUAAUAUCUAUGGCUGUGGAAGCAAUGAAAUGAGCCAGUUGAGUUGCCAUGUGAAGACAUCUGAAGAUUGGAUUAGCCCAAAAACAUGCAUCUACGAGCCAACUAAAUUACUGAUCAAUGGUCCUGUAAAAGUGUUAGGAGCACACGCUACCAUGUCAUACUUUUUCCCCAUAAGAGUGUGUGGCCCAAAUAUGCAUGGAAACAUUGGCCCUAGGCAAAGAGCAUCUCUGGUUGAUUUACAGGCCUUGAUGGAUAAUUUAAUUUUCAAGCCCCUUAAUAAUAACUCUGAGAAUAGAGGAUUAGUGAUAAAAUCCUUUCCCUCGUAUAUUGGUGCUACGGAGACCACCACUUGGUUUACAUUUGAGAGAGAAUACGAACGAUCUACUGUAAUGGAUAUAUUUGCAAUUGAAAAGGGAGUAAUGAGAUGUAUCCUAACCUUACAGGACCCUUCUUUCUUGAGAGGAAUGGCAUGUACCAAACAAUAUCCUCUACUUCAUGUGUAUGAUAAGAAAACUAAUAGCGAGGGUUUAAUUGUUCCCUUAGAUCUUGCAAAAAAACUGAAGAAAGGGCCAUGGAGGAGCAUUGCAACGAAUUUCGAUGAAACCGUCAAAUUGACAUUCGUUUCUUUUUCCUCGUUGGCCCAACCCAUUGUCAAAAUAACGAAAGUUGAAACAUGUCCAUUCAAUAAUGUAAUAAUUUUACAUGAAGAAGGAGGAAACACAAUAUGGGUUAGUAAGGAGAGCACAUUCAAAAGUAUUAGCGCUCAACAGUUCUUAACGGAGGAAUGCUUCUCUUUGGGAAUGAAUGUGACCUGCUCACAGAGUAGAAUGCUCAUUUACCUGAAAUAA